GCGGUGAGCCCGCCCUCGCAGCACCUGGCCCCCUUCCAGCUGGACGGAUCCGCCAAACGGGCCGGGCCAGCGCGGCCGGUCAACAUCGACCUGUCAGUGUGGAGGCCGGGAAAGACAGACCUGCAGUGGUCGGGCGACGUCUUCGUCGGCACGCCGCCUCAGAAGUUCAACCUCAUCUUUGACACGGGCUCGCCAUUCCUGCUUAUCCCCGCCAAGAACUGCACCACCUGUGGCACCCACCCUCGGUUCGACCCGACCGCGUCCAGCACGUUCGACGCCCAGCCCGGGUACAGAGCGUACGUCGGCUUCGGCAGCGCGGGCGGCGGCACCGUGGCUUCGCCGGAGCCGCAGGGCGCCAACUGCACCAUCGUCAGCGACACGGUCGGCAUGGGCACAGCGCGCGGGGCCCACAGCCAGUUCCUGGCCUGCGAUGUCUACUCGUCGCUGCUGACUGCCGAGCCGCCCGACGGCCUGUUCGGCAUGCCCUCGACCCCGAAUAUCACCCUGCCCAGACCGGAGUUCAGCUUCUCGCUCAUCCCGGACGGCUGCCGCGCCGGCGUGCUCACGCUCGGCGGCACCGACCCGUCGCUCUACGUCCCCGGCACGCUGCGGAAGAUCCCGCUGGACUGGCCGCUGUCGGAGUCGCGCAACUGGUUCGUGAUCGACGUGCGCGGCGCGCGCGUCGUGGACGGCGGCGGCCGCGGCGGGCCGGCGGCGGGAGGAGUGGCGGCACCGCCGCUGGCCAACACGACCGACGGGGUCGCGCUGGUGGACACGGGCAGCGCCAACAUGGUCACGCCGGACCGCGACACGACGCGGGCGCUGUACGGCCGCAUGUCGGACCAGAUCGUGCCGAUCGACGAGAUGGGGUCGUGGGGCGCGCCGUGCGCCCUGCUCGACCGCGUCGCCCGCGACGUCGUC